GGUCUUUCUAAUUUCAAAGAAGAAGAUUUAUGUUUUGCCAUGAUUUAUGCAAUUGUUUUCCGUAUUAUCAAUGUCUAUGUUUAUAUAAUUUGCUAAAAUUCGAGCAAAUUUGUUAUAUUUAUAAUUUAAAAAAAUAUAUAAUUAUAUCAGAGUAUUUAUUUUAUAGUGCUGUAUGUCUUUUUGGAUUCAUUUAUUUAGUAAAUGAGGUUAAACUGAUAAUUUAAUAAUCGUUUUAAGAACAUUAUAUAUUACAUAUACAUAUUUAUAUAGUUAUUAGUAAAAUAUUGUGUACAUACUGUGAAUCAAAAAAAUGAGUAAAACGACCAGUGGCACUGAGGAUCCCGAUGAUAUUACCAUGACUGCACAAGACCUACAUAUUUUAUCUGAAUUGGAUAGCCGUCAGUAUGGAUUUUUGUUGUUGAAUCAGCCAGAAAAUGCAUCCAAAAAGGCAUUAGUCCAAAAGGCUGUCAAGUAUUUACAAUUAAUGGUUGUGCAAGCUAGAAGGCAACAAAAAGCAAAUGAAAAUGAUUCUAGUAAUAAUACUAAAAAUAUAAGUAUUGAUCCUAAGACAUGGGUUAAAUUAGGACACUUUCAUUUGUUACUUGAGGAUUAUAGAAAAGCUCUUUCAGCUUAUCAAAUGUUUUACAAAACUCAAGCAGAAAACCAUUGGCAGGACACCACUUUCUUAUAUGGAAUUGGAUUGGUGUACUUCCACUUCAAUGCCUUCCAGUGGGCUGUGAAAGCAUUCCAGCAGCUACUUUAUGUUUCACCUGGAUUUCAACGAGCUAAUGAAGUCAAUGUUAGACUGGGUUUGAUGUUCAAAGUUACUCAAGAAUAUGACUCAGCACACAAACAUUUACAGUUAGCCUUAGUGGAUAACAGUCCGUCUACAGCAACAAAGAAUACAAUAAAAUUUCACAUUGCUCAUUUGUUCGAAGUUCAAGGAAAGGUGAAAAUAGCGAAAGACAGAUACGACGGUUUACUUAAAGAGAAGAAUUUAUCACAGUCUUUAAGAGCCGACAUAUUUCGUCAGUUAGGUUGGUUAUAUCACUGCCAGGAAUCAUUAGGAGAUAAAAGCCACCGAAUACCUCUAGCAAUACACUACUUACAAAGAGCCAAUGAGGCUGAUCAGUUUUCUGGUCAGACUCUUUACUUACUAGGGCGAUGUUAUGCCAGUAUUGGUAAAGUUCACGAUGCCUUCAUUGCUUACAGAAACUCUGUAGAAAAAUCCGAAGGAAAUGCGGACACCUGGUGUAGCAUAGGUGUCUUAUAUCAACAGCAAAAUCAGCCCAUGGAUGCGUUACAGGCUUACAUAUGUGCUGUACAACUAGAUAAGUGCCAUUCUGCAGCUUGGGCUAAUUUAGGAAUUUUAUAUGAAAAUUCUCUGCAAGCUAGGGAUGCUUAUGCUUGCUAUUUGAAUUCUAGUAGAGGAUUGUCAAAUAAACAAUCAAACGAAGGGUCGGUUAGUACGGCUAAACUGCCUAAAAUUAACUUUCCAAAUCUGGGAAUGAACCCACAUUUGACACAACGUAUCAAUUUCCUCCAGACCCACCUUUCAAAUGCCCCAAUGCCAAGCGUCACAUCACAAAGGAGGCAAUUGCUUUCGAUUGAAGAGGCUUGGAAUCUUCCGAUAUCGGCGGAAAUGUCUUCUAGACAGCAAAAUUCGUCUCAACCUACUCGCAACACCACAUCUCAAAGUUUUCAGAAAAAUUAUCCAGCUACAACACCUCAAGGACCCCCUCCACCAUAUCCUUCCCCAAAUGGCUCAAACAAUAAAAGGUUUAAAACAGAACCAGAUCAAAAACCAGCGAUGAUUCAACCUGCAUAUAGUUUGACUCCCCAACAAAUGCAAUUGUUAAAUCACUUCCAACAAAAUAUAAACAAUCUGAAUCCCAGCCAACAGGCUUUAAUGCAACAGUUACAACACCAAUAUAGAUUAAUGCAGCAAAACCAGGAUCAUAGUCACCGCAACCUUGUUAGAACCACACCUCCUAGUUAUAAUAAUAACCAGAAUUUUGAUCAAGAGGGGUCACCAACGAACACUGCCAAGAAUGAUAAAAUAGUUCAACCUAGUCCUAUAGUCGAACCAAGAGACUAUUUGUCAUCUACUGAACCUCAUUCUGCUGAUCUUGAUCAAAAUUUAGAAGACGAUCUAAAGGAUUUGCUUGCGCAAAAGGAUCUGGCCACAACUUUGGCUGAGAAUCUACUAAAGCAGUUUGGAUCAGACGAUAUAGAUGUUAAAGAUUCAUCUAGUGGAUCUAAUAUUAGUGGUAAUGUUUCAAACACGUUAUCAUCAGGACCCUUCUCACCUUCAAAUAUUGUACCAAAACAAGAAACACUUCACGAAGUGAAAAGAAAAAUUAAAUCACCUAUUCGUGACAGUACAUCAAAUGUAAAGUCAGAACCACCUUGGGAGUUUGAUUCACUUCAUUCCUUAGAGAAAAAGUCUGACAUUGAUUAUCACAUUGAUAUGGACGCCCAAACGAUAGUAAAGCUAUGCAAGGGUGAAGUAGUUAAUGGUAAUAUUAAUCACUCAAUAAUCUCAGAUACAGCUCCGCCACCUUCUCCGCCGGAUCCACCUUCUAUCAAACUAAACCAUCAACAGCUACUACCGCCUACUCCAUCAGUAUAUCUUGAAAAUAAAAAGCAUGCUUUCAGUCCCCAAUUACAAGAGUUUUGUCUGAAACAUCCGAUAGCUGUGAUAAGAGGCUUGGCGUCUGCUUUAAAGUUGGAUUUAGGUUUAUUUUCUACAAAAACUUUAGUUGAAGCCAAUCCUGAUCAUAGUGUGGAAGUAAGAACACAAAUACAGCAACCGUCUGAUGAAAAUUGGGAUCCACAAACCGGACGAAAAGUUUGGGCAUGUAUAUCUCAUAGAUCACAUACAACUAUUGCAAGAUACGCACAGUACCAGGCUUCUAGCUUCAAAGAAAGUUUAAGGGAAGAGCGUGAAAAAGCAACGAGUGGUUUGUCAGACUCCGAUUCGAAGGAUUCAACCCCUUGUGGAACAAAAAGAAGAAAAGUGCUUCCUAAUACACCUCCGUGUCCAGCUUUGAAGAACUGCAAAGAACAGAAAACGCUGAAGUUUGGUACAAAUGUAGAUUUAUCAGAUGAGCGAAAAUGGAGACCACAGUUACAAGAACUUAUGAAACUACCAGCUUUUGCGAGAGUUGUGUCAGCUGCAAACAUGCUCUCACACGUUGGACAUGUUAUUCUAGGGAUGAAUACAGUGCAAUUAUACAUGAAGGUACCUGGUAGUCGAACUCCUGGCCAUCAAGAAAAUAACAACUUCUGUUCAAUAAACAUUAAUAUAGGACCAGGUGAUUGUGAAUGGUUUGCAGUUCCUGAUGCGUAUUGGGGCUCAGUAUUUGCUCUUUGUGAGAAAAACCAAAUAAAUUACCUACAUGGUUCAUGGUGGCCUAUACUAGAAGAUUUAUACCAUGCAAAUAUACCAGUGUAUCGAUUUCUUCAGCGACCAGGAGAUUUGGUUUGGGUAAAUGCUGGUUGUGUUCAUUGGGUGCAAGCUGUAGGCUGGUGUAAUAAUAUAGCCUGGAAUGUGGGACCAUUGACUGCAAGACAGUACCAACUAGCAAUAGAGAGGUACGAAUGGAACAAACUACAGAGUUUCAAAUCCAUUGUGCCUAUGUUGCAUCUUUCUUGGAACCUAGCCAGAAAUAUAAAGGUUUCUGACAGAAAGCUGUUCGAACUUAUAAAAAAUUGUAUUCUAAGGACGCUCGUCAAGUGUUGUAGGAUAUUAGAAUUCGUAAAACAUAAAGGCGUGGAAAUCAAAUUUCAUGGGAGAGGAAAAAAUGAAGCAUCUCAUUAUUGUGGUCAAUGUGAGGUGGAGGUAUUUAAUGUUCUUUUCAUACGAGAGCAGGAGAAAAGGCAUGUAGUCCACUGUAUGGAUUGUGCGCGAAAGCAAUCUCCAAAUUUAGAAGGAUUCGUUUGUCUGGAAGAAUAUAAGUUACAAGAACUGUGUGACGUUUAUAAUAGUUUCGUUAUACAUUCAAAUACGAAUACUGCUCACGAUCAGUAUAGAAUAACUUAGUAAAUUUUUUAGAUGACCGCUGAGGUCAGCUAUCACUGCCACAUGUAACUGAUGUACAACUCUAAUAUUAAUAUUUGCUUGUUAUAUAGCGUAUGACUUGUAAAGAAACCAAGCGUGAUAAUUUAUAAUAAACUAUUUUGCAUAUUUUUAAUGUACAUAAGUUUGUCAUGUAAGAUUGAUAGUCUAUGGAUUAGCACAGAUGUUGACAAUGUAGUUGGAAUAAGAUGCUAUAAUAGUCCGUGUUGGAAAUGUUAGGAAAAAGUGAAAGUGUUUUAUUGAGAUACAAAGUGGGUCAAACAAAUACCUUAUAAACUUAAACAAAUUUUAUCGCUUUAUAAUCUUGAUAAAAAUAUCUUCGAAGCGAAAUCCAGUUUAAAAUCACUUAACCGAUCUAGAAAACCUCUAUAAUGGUAUUAUUUUAAUUAGAUAAAAUUAAUUUUAAAUUUUGUUUUUUUUUU